GUUCAUGGCAUAUACAUCAUGGUUAAAAAUGUAGAUAUGUAGUGGAACCUACAAAUUCAAAUGUCACCUGAGGUUUUGGGGGAAAAUGUCGUUUGUGUUUUCACAUUACUGGAUGUAUUAGUGUGAGCGAGCUCUUCUACUCCUGAAUCGCUGCACACAAAAGGGUGAAAAUGUGUCGAAACAUGCACCCCUACUGCAUUGCUGGCGCUUAUUUUCCUGACAAAUACACCACAUGGUGGUGCUGUUAUUAAACCCCAUAAGUCGACUGACUUUCAGAUAGAAUUUCUCACACAGCUCUGCAAAUAAAACUAACACAAAAUUUGGUACACACUUUUAGGGGACUGACAAGCACGUGUAUAGAAUUUCAGCAGGAUUGAUUGAAAUAUCAUGUAUAUGUUAUCAGUAGUGGUUUUGGAGAAUUAAAUUAUGGAUUAAAACGGUUGAUAUUUGUCAUUCAGCCCGAAAAGUAGGAGUGGCUAGUAGUUAAUGGCUGUCACUCACUUGCAGCUCAUGCCAUCGUGUGCGCACGUAUAAACGUACACUCAGUCUCAGAGCAGCUCAAGUCACCUUUUCCUGCACGUGUUAUGUGGGGUGUGCCUUACAUAUGCUCUGAGCAGGAAGAGGGCAGGAUAUAGUAAGUUUGAACGCUAGCGCCCUCAGUGCAGUACAUAACAAUGACAGACAGCACCUUUAAUGAGCCUGUGAUUCCAUUUAAUCUUCAUCUGCGGUUCAAUUUAACUGGACUUGGGAAAUUCUUGCUGUGUGCUUUUGCGAUAAGGUAAUCGCUGAUGUGGGUCACCUUCACUUUACCCUCCACCGAUUAACACAUUUUAUCCUCCAUUGGGUCUUACCGUUCGCUUUUCGUCAGUCGCUCAUCAGUUUCUCAGCUGUGACUGAUAGAGGACAAUGCGUAGUGGCUUCGACUGAAUGAAUGGUAUGUCUGCAGGGAGAUUCAAAAGGACAGAGCAGUCUGAAUGGAAAGCACAUCCAAAUAAAAAGGCUUUUGUUUUAGGCUUCUUAUUAUAAUCUGAGGAUGUGUGUGUAGUGUGACUCUUUUUAUUUUCCUUGGUGUCCAGGAUUUAACAAGAACAUCAACAGAAUGUAUGACUGUACUAAGACGUGUGUGUGUGUGUGUGUCUGUAUGUACCUUUUUUAAAUACACUAAGUCCCCAACUAACGAACACAAUUGGUUACAGACGACCGUUCGCUAGUCGAGUCGUUCUUAAGUAGGGGAAAAGGUAAUAGUACCAAUGGUAUGGGUACUAGAUGUACGUGUAUACAUAUACAGUAUAUGCGUAUGUAUGUAAAUACGAGUUUGGAUGCAGUAGUAAUAAUUAAUGAAAAAAAACAAAACGUAAUGAUAAAUGUUAUUUACCUUUGAAGAGGAGUGGUCGAGCAUACGUCGUUGGUGGUGGAGGAGGAGGCGGAGAUAUUGAAAAAAGGACAAAUCGUGUCUUUAGACUCUUCUAAAAGAGGUAGUGUUCCGUGGGUGGUGUAGAAUUAUAAGCAGGCCUAUUAACUCUUCGUAAACUUUAAUCACAAGCUGUGCCAGGUUGCAUGCUCAGCUCCAAUUUAGCUUUUCUUCAGUCUCCUCCCACUGGUCUUAAUCGCCUGUUGGUCCUAUUAGCAGUGUCACAGUGCCCUCUACUGGUCAAGCAUGUGAAAUAUGGACUUAAAUAUAAAUAAUGAUGGGCUGGCUUAUAAGGCAAAACGCAUGAAAAUAUAGACCAGUCGGCUUGUGUUUGUAUCUACGAGUGUUCGCACGUCGGAUGUUUGUUAGUAGGGGACUUAGUGUAGUAAGGAAAAGUCACAGUAGAUUCUAAGUUGUCAUGUACGGUACAUUACCGGUUCUGGGACAGACAUUAAAGAGUUACCAAAUCAAUUGCAUAGCAUGGGUUGCCAGUGCCACCUGCAUGUCAUGGAACACUAGUAACCCUUUUUGAUCCCUCAGGUCCACCGCACUUUGCACUGAGAGUGCAUCAAGGCAUUUCUUGUAACUGAAUUAAUAAUUUCGCAACUACAGUCAUCCUUCGUUUAUCAUAGUUAAUUGGUUCCGGACCCGACCACGAUAAGUGAAUUUGAAGUAGAAUUCAUUAUUAAUAAAUUGAAUAUUUUCGUAGUUAGACCAUAGAAAGCCUAUUUUUUUGUGCCAUUAUUGGAGCCCUGUAGACAUGAAAUAACACCCCUACAGUCACCUUUACACUCCGAUCAUUCUUUGUUUACACCACAUUGCUAAUACGCAGGCUACUGUAUCACUGCAGGGACUAUGCUUUUUGUUAGCGAGCUAAGUAGUUAGCCUCCAAUUUAUGUAUUUUUUGUAAACGUAAGAAAGAGUUUCAAAUAGAGUGGGGAAGAAGGAUAAAGUAAGAAGCCAAAAACUUACCACUUCCACAUGGAAUGAGAGAACCUUUUUCACUUAUAUCUUGUCGGACAUGUCAUGGAUGUGUGAAGGUGUCAUGUCUCAUCAAUAUUUUGUGUCAUUACUGACACCUAGUGACCAGAAUACCAUGUAUGACUUGUCUUUCAAUAUUAUUUGACUAGUAGUGGGCCAUAAUCAACCACGAAAAUGCAAUAAUGUAUUUAUUAAUUAAUGAAUUUUUCAAAAACCGCGAUAGAGUGAGGGAGCGAUGUUCCAACCACGAUGUAGUGAGGGAUGGCUGUACUACUACUACUACUACGUUCGGAGGAACCUUGAAUUUCGUUGUUAUUUUGUUCUAAAAGGUAGACGAAAACCGAAAUGUACAAAAAACUACUAACUUUUUUCCAUAGGAAAUCAUGCAAUUCCAAUUAAUCUGUUUCAGACACCCAGAAAUAUGAACAAAAAACACAUUUUCUAGAAAGUAAUUAUAAUUUUACAUGCAGAAAACGAUGCAAAAUAUUGUACAUAUACAUGAUCAAUGAAAUUGAUGAAUGAACAUUUAAUAUCACUUUUACCUUUAUUCAAGACAGAGAUGAGUGGAAGGAGGGUGGGAGGUAGACACAAGAGCCACAGGGACGCUAUUUGACUCUCAUCCAUUCCAAACAUUAAAGAGUGGGAGGAUGGUUAGAGCCGUAUACUUGCUCAUUUGAAUUUUACUGUAAAUUUCAGCAGCAGGUACAGUCACCCUUACUGUAUUGUGUCUCUUUUAAACUGUUCCCCCUGCAAUCUGUGUUAAGAAAUGUUUAUAAUCCUACAUUACAUUUCACUUUUAUUGUAGCAGAUGCUACCUUUUGUACUUUUAAUAUGAGUUAUUUCUUGCCUAUUAUUUCUCCCCUACUUUAUCAAAGUAUUGGUACUUGCAACUUUCUUUGGCCCAAUGGUGGGGUUAUUUUGCAACCAUAAUAAAAAAAAAAAGUGAAUGCCUCCCCAGCACAGCUUUUGUCCAAGGAAGAAAGGAGAAAAUGACUUCUUCAUCGUUCUGUGUGCGUUCUAUGAACAGUUAAAGCACCCACACGCACAUAAUAAAGAUGAUUAAAGGAUUCCCUGGCCGGAAUCUGUCUGUAGUGUCCCUAUUCUAAAAGAACCACUGUCCAUUCUUCACAGAGACUAAGUUACCAACGCGCGGGUGCUUUGUUUGGGCACUGUUUGGCCGUAUAAUAACUGAGACAGUUUACAAAAACAGACUUAUUUUUGGCAAUAAUUUUGGUUGAAAACCGGGGCAUACAAUAACCAAGGUUGCACGAUUAUUUUUUCUUGAAUGAAGACACAUCUUUCAGUGUUUAAAACUGUCCAUUGUAUAAAUAAGUGAAGCUGGCCAAACAAGUUUAAUGAUUUACAGUAUCUGCUUUACUUUAAAUCCACUCCAGCCUGUAAGUGUGUAUCAAAAUGUUUUUUUUUUUUUUUUAAUUAAAGCUAGACUCUGAAAAUUGGAGUUUAGCCAGUCUAUCAGGGCCGCCAAGGAUAUUUUCUUUGUCUUUGUCAUAAUACCCUUGGCUGUACAAAUUGGUUGCUGUAUAAGACUGUAAAAUAUCACGUAAGUCAUAAGAGACGGAUGUUCCUCAGGUCUGACUUCCAUUUAGUGAAUUUCCAUGAAGCAGCAUUUCUCUUCAUGCCUGUGUUUUGGGGGUUUGUGUGUGUUGCAAUUUGCAGCAUUUUACUUUUGCAUUUUUUUUUUAUCCUGCAGCUUUUAUGUGAUUUGCAGCAUUUUUAAUUUUCAGCAUUUUUCCAUGUGUUUUAUGGUGUUUGUGCAUUUCUGGUUUUGGAGCGUUUGGAUUUUGCUGCGCGUUGCCCCUGUCAGCCACCGUAGGUAACAGUUUAAACAUGCACACGACACCAACAGGUCUUUGUUGUGGUAACUGGCAACUGUUACAGCAACAACAGUUUGUAGGUGUUGUUGAAGUGUGGCGCUUCAAUCAUUAGCUUUGACAUUACGUUGAGAAAAGUGUCUUGAAAACUAGUUUUAGUAGUGUUUGCAUACGACAGGAUAAGGGUAAACAUAUAGCAGGUUGAAAAGUGGUAGAAUAAAAGCAUAGGCUGGUCAUGACAUAAGGAUGGUUGGUUAAAAAAGGAGUAAGGAGAUUAGUAGGAUGCUAUUAGACCAGUGAAGUAGAAAUACAGUGGUGUGAAAAAGUGUUUUCCCCCUUCCUGAUUUCUUUUUUUUCAUGUUUGUCACAUUUAAAUCUUUCAGAUCAUCAAACAAAUAUUAGUCAAUAACAACACAACUAAACACAAAAUGCAGAUUUAAAUGAAACGUUUUAUUGUUAAGAGGGAAGAAAAUUCCAAACCUACAUGGCCUUGUGUGAAAAAGCCCCCUAAACCUAAUAACUGGUUGGGCCACCCUUAGCAUCAACAAGUGCAAUCAAGUGUUUGUGAUAACUUGCAAUGAGUCUCUUACACUGUGAAAGAAUUUUGGCCCACUCAUCUUUGCAGAAUUGUUGUAAUUCAGCCACAUUAGAGGGUUUUCAAGCACGAUCCCCCUUUUUAAGGUCAUGCCACGGCAUCUCAAUAGAAUUCACUCCACUCCAAAGUCUUCAUUUUGUUUUUCUUCAGCCAUUCAAAGGUGGACUUGCUGUGGUUUGGAUUAUUGUCCUGCUGCAGAACCUCAAGUUUGUUUCAAAAUUGCAUUUUGUGUUCAGUUGUGUUGUCACUGACUAAUAUUUUUAUUUGUUUGAUGAUCUGAAACAUUUACAGUAAGUGUGACAAACAACAACAAAAAAAAAAAUUCAGGAAGGGGGCAUUUUUUCCCACCACUGUAUAUUGUCGGAAGUAGGACUAAGCAAGAGGGAAUAGUGUUAAGUGUAUGCCGGUAAGCUUGUCAUUUCCCAUCUGGAAGAGCAUGACGUGCAGUGGAAUCGGUCCUGCCUCUUUAUCUACUACGUCACAGCAGAGCUGAGCAGAGCAGUACUAUCCUGAUGCUGAAAGCACAAGAGGAAGACUUCACUGCCAGACACCAGCUGCUGCAUCUUAUUACCGGACCUUUUGGAUUUCUUAUUGCCAGGACAAAUGACAUCUCAUUAAACUGAUUGAACAGUCACACCGUUGGUUUUUUUGUUUUUUUUUCUGGAAGAUGCUGUCGCUCAGGAGGUCAAGUUUAUUACUGAUGGGACCGAAAAGAUUGAGGACUAAAUACAACAAAGACUUAACUGCAACUGAAGCUCAUGGGAAACCAGUACUCUUCGUACUGUCUCUAUCUGUAUUUUUCAUUUGAAUAACCUUUUUUUACUAAAAGACUUUUCCAUAAGAGUUUAGCAAGAGUAAAGCAACAAGACAAACAUUGUGACAUAAGUAGGCAAAAUGGUGUUAAUGUUCUCAUGUUGGUGCUGAUAAAUGGAUCACCUCAUCACUGCUGACUCACUAGCAGGUCAGUGAUACCAGGCAUCAUUCUAUGGAGGAUGGGAACACCGUUAACCUCAAAACCGUCAUUGUAACUUGCAUUUCCUCUUGAAUGAAACCAAAGACCAGAGUUGAACUCACUGAAUACUUAAUAAAUGUACUGAACAGUAGAAGUUUGAAAAGCUAACCUAAAACAUUGCAAGUUAGUGUUCACAAGUUCAGUUACAGUUCUACAGCAUAACAACCUACAAAGGACAUUGUAAUUCGUAUUAGCUCUUUAAUGCAAACCUCAAAAUGUCUUACUGAACACUUAACUGUAACAUAAGUAAGAGGAACUAACCUAAAGCCAUGAUUGAUUUAAAAUGUAUGUACUUUUGAAUGCAAACUUAAACACUUCAGUGUAACAGAGUGAGUCAUUAAACCAUAAACUAAACUAAACCCUAAACUAUACAUUGUAACUUAAACGUAUUCAAUUUUAAAUGAGAUACAGUAAAUGUGUCACUUGAACCCUAAACAUUUUAAGUUAAAUCUGCUGAAUUUGAAGUGUUGUAUUGUACUUAAAUGUCUAGUUUACAUGCUGUAAAACCCACUAGCACUGUCAACUCAGAUAAAUAAGUAGAACAAACUUAUUUUAAAAAAAGUUAAUCUCACUGGAGUGUACCAAGAAAAACGUAAACAUCUAUUAGGUUCCAUUGUUUUUUUUUCAAGGCAAUAGUUUUGCAUGUUUUUUAAAGUAAGGUUAACUAAUAAUUAUCCAUUGUAAAUGAAAUGCAUCAUCACUGACUAAAUAGUUAACACCAAGCACAUCCUAUUAGUUUUAUUUUGACAAUGAACUUUUAUCAUUGAUAGGAAGCAUAGCUUUUAUGUAACUGUUUCAGGUUAUUGUUUUGCCUGUCGAUAAAGUGACUCACCAAUCAGUCCAUGAGAGUAUCUGGUCUUGACCUGUUUUGCCUUGACUGAUGCAUCAUUUCAUAUGAGCUUCUCCAGGAGUGAAAGUACAUGCAGCUGCUCCUUUUGGACCUUUAAUUAUGUAGUGCUUUAUUUAUGGACAGACCACAAGACCUUUUGACUGUGAUCAGUUGGAGCUCAGUACAGCAUCCAAAAGAUUUUUGUCCUUUUUUCCUCAUUGCUUUAAACUUUGGCUGAUUUCAGGCUUCAACUGCCUGAGUCACAUCUUUACAUUUCCCGUGAUGACGUACAUUAACCUGAAGUAACCCUGUCACUCAAACAUGGCAGUGACUCAUCUUGAGCUGGAGCUUUUCUACCAGGGGAAUAAGUUACGCGGCGUGACGUGGAAGCUAACACGCUCAGAACAUGGAUUUCUACCCGAGAGCUCGUGGCUCAUCGCUCUGCAGGUCGUGGUACCCUUCCUGGUGUCAGGCCUUGGACUGGUCUUUGCUGGUGUCGUCAUGGACAUCAUACAACACUGGGAUGUGUUCAAGGUGAUCACAGAGGUGUUCAUUCUGGUACCUGCACUGGUUGGACUCAAAGGAAACCUUGAGAUGACCCUAGCUGCCCGCCUCUCCACUGCUGCCAACACGGGACAAAUGGAUGACCCACAUAAACAAUGGACCAUGGUGUGCAGCAAUCUAGCACUAAUACAGGUACAAGCGACGGUUGUAGGCUUCCUUGCUGCUGUUGCAGCUGUUUGUUUAGGUGCAAUUUCCAGAGGGGGAAUUGAACUGGACCAGGCAGCUGUUCUGUGUGCCAGUAGCAUCGUCACGGCGUUUGUGGCUGCUCUCUCUUUAGGCUUGUUGAUGGUCGGUGUGAUCAUUGGCUCCAAGAAGGUAGGAAUCAACCCAGACAAUGUGGCCACCCCUAUAGCUGCCAGUUUGGGGGAUUUGAUCACCCUGUCCCUGCUGGCUGGAGUCAGCAGCAUCCUUUAUGAGCACAUAGAUACAUGGUACAUAUCCCCCCUGGUGUGUGUGGUUUUCCUGGCUCUGAUUCCACUCUGGGUGGUGGCAGCCCGGCAGAACCCUCAGAGCAAGGAGGUUCUUUACUUGGGGUGGCAUCCUGUUUUAGUAGCCAUGUGUAUUAGCAGUCUUGGAGGCUUGAUACUGGACAAGACGGUCAGUAAUCCCAACUUUGAGGGGAUGGCUGUUUUUACACCAGUUAUAAAUGGGGUUGGUGGCAACUUGGUGGCCAUUCAGGCCAGCAGACUGUCCACCUACAUGCACCUCUGGAGCAUCCCUGGGGUGUUACCCUACAAGAUGAGGCAGCACUGGCCCAAUCCCUACAUGUCAUUCUUUUCCUCAGGUUUGAACUCCAAAUCAGCACGUGUGCUGCUGAUGUUGGUCAUGCCAGGUCACCUGGUCUUCCUCUACGCCAUUUCUCUGUUGCAAGGUGAUGAAGUGCCAAUCACUUUGACCUUUGCCGCUUGCUACCUUUGUGCUGCUCUGCUCCAGGUGGCCAUCUUGCUUUAUGCGGCUGACCUCAUCGUCCGCACGAUGUGGCGGCGAUCCCUGGACCCUGACAACUUCUCCAUCCCUUACCUGACGGCCCUGGGGGACCUGCUGGGCACAGGCUUUCUGGCCUUGUGCUACCGCUGCGUGUCACUGGUUCACGAUCAAGAGCUCUAAAUCAUCUCCUUUUUAGCUCCAAACUGACGUCGACACUGUCCCGUUACCCUCAGUUACCCUCUAUACACACAGAUGGACAAUAAGCAUUUCCUGCCAUGCUAGGGAAGCAAAGUCAUUACAUUUAUCAGAUGGAAAGACUGCACAGAUAACACAUUUAUCAGCCAUCAUCGCCAUGGGGCCUUCCCAUUGUUUAAAAGUAUCUUGCAUUGUCGACCAUUCCUCUGAUUUUAGAAGCAAGUGAAGGGGAAGGGUGGGAUGCUCACCACGUCUCCCACCUUGUUUGUUUUUUUUAGGAAUUUUCAAGCUGUUGUAUGUGUGCAACCACAAGACUGGUGACUAUGAAGCCUUUCAAUUCCGCCUCCGCUGUGACAACAUGCUGUGCACAGACAUUUGUAGGAACGCUCAAUGUAGUUAGUUGUAGUUAGUUAGUGAAUUCUUCUUAAUGUCAAAAUCGUUUAUCUUCUAAAAAUGUUCUAAAAAAGGAGGCAUGAGUCCUGUCUUACAGUACAUGUUUGUUGCAUUGUGUGUUCACCAGAGAGCACUGUGACCCCACUGUUGGCAGCACUUUGGCCGUUGCAGCUUGAUAUCAAACUCCAUCAUUUAACCCAAGGGUGUCCACAGUGUGGGCAUUUUCAACUCACAGCUUGUAUUUUUAUUGGCUUUUGGCAUAUUCUUAAAAAUAAAAUGAAUUAUUAAUGAGAUCUCUUAUUAGAUAUCGUGUACAUUCAUUACAUUCAUUUGUCAAACAAUAAGACUAAAUCCAGCAAGUAAGGUCCAGAUGGGAAAAAAAACAACAUAAAAUUGUGCAAAUUGGAAAUAUUUUUGGUUGGCAGAAUUUUAAUUCAACAAUAAAUCACUUUUCUGCCAGCUGCACUGUAUAAACAAUCAUUAACUGUAUACAUUGGCAUAAUUAAACCAUGAUUAUUAGAAACAUACAUUGUUUUAAUUAGAUUACAUUGGUUCAUGUUAUAUUACAACAUUGGUUUUAAUUUGUAGUUUUUGACAAUAAAAGGUCAGAUCAGCGAAUGACGCAUCGAGGCCUGGAUGUACAUUGAAAGUUUGGCUCGGAAAGGUUAAGUCAUAAUUUCAGUAGUAUAAAAAAUGCACUUUAUCAUAAAGAAUGUUUUUCACAAAGCGUCUCCCUUCCCUUUCUUACAUCCUCAGCCUUAGUGUUCAAAAUAUGAAUAAAAACUAUUGCAACCAGGAGCACUGUAUGGGGGAGAAAAGUUAGACAAUGCCCCCCCAUACAGCGCUCUCUGCUGUUGAUCCAAUUAAAUCUCCAGGCCACUCUAUGAGGAAAUAUAGUAUUGUUUUUGCGUCUGUAAUUGUGUAGUGGGAAACCAUGGCAACAUGCUCACAUGUAUUACACAUGUACGCAGGGUUUCCAAAUGCCUUAUUUACAGAUCAUACAGUCACCUCAACCUCUAUGCCUGCAAAAUGAAAACACAGAAAGAAAACGUGUUCAAUCGAAAUGUGAUGUUUGCCACAUUUGUAUUUGUGUGCUUUUGUUUUGUUGUUAUAUUUUAAUUACAAAAAAACAUAACAGUGUGCUGAAAGUAAUUUGGCACCCACAUCUCAAGCGAAACCUGAUAUGUCGGUGAGAAUGAUUGAAAAAAAAAAUACAUUGCUGUUAUGGAAAAAAAAUAUAUAUAUCAAGGUUUGCACUUUAAAGUUCUACUUGUAGUUCACCUGCAGAUUUUAACGUAGAUCUGCAGCGAUCAUUGUGACACCUGGAAAUGAUAUAAAACGACACAUUUCUUUUAGGAGACAUUGUCAUAAACUGUAGAAUAAAGUACACAACUUUACUUUGCAAAUGAAGACCAUUGUAAUUGUGUUGAAAAAAAGCUAUACCAAACCAGAAAGCCUUACUAGCAUCUGUGUAAAGACCGAUAUAUUUGCAUUCCAUGGCUACAUUGCUAUGCGGCGGUGCUGUUGCUAAAGGUGUAUUCAGUCGCUCCAUGUGGUGGAAGCCAACAAGGGAAGCUCUGACCCGACCGGGCUUCACUUGAGCUCCCACCACAGUCAUGCACUUGUUUAUUCAGCGAGGCUGCUCAAUGCAGAACAGGCCGUGGUAGAGGUGGUGGGAUUGCAGGCUUUUACUGGAAGUUAGGCAGUGAGUGGAAGCUGAAGUGGAAACGACCCAACAUCAGCACCCAAACUCCAUUAAUAAUAGGGGUGGGACAAAAUAUGACUAUUGCGGCAUAUACCUGUACUGUAGCAAAAUAUCUAACAACUGCUAUUUCAUGUAUGUGUGCUGAAGCGUAAGUCCGCUUUAACAUUUUAAAACAGGAAAUGUGCAACAUGAGUGAAAUAGUAGAUUUUCAUAUCUGCGACUAAAUUUGUCUCAUAACAGUUUGUGUCUGUACUAAGUGAAUGUUUUUAUUAAAUGAUUUAGGGAUGAGCUUUUGCGUGAUGCAAUUGUUGCA